UGCUGCUGCUCCUCAACGUGAGACGAACAUGGCGUCUGCAGGUCUUGAGAUUUUGGGCAUCUUUCUGGCCACCAUCGGCUUCCUGGGAGACAUCAUCAUCUGCGCCCUGCCCAUGUGGAAGGUGUCUGCAUUCAUCGGAAACAACAUUGUGACAGCGCAGACCUUUUGGGAGGGCCUGUGGAUGAACUGUGUGAAGCAGAGCACCGGACAGAUGCAGUGCAAGGUCUAUGACUCCAUGCUGGCCUUGCCCCGUGACCUGCAAGCGGCCCGGGCCCUGGUUGUGAUCUCCAUCCUGGUCGUCCUCAUGGGAAUCCUUCUCGCUGUUGCAGGGGGGAAAUGCACCAACUGCAUUGAAGAUGAGGGGGCCAAGAGCAAAGUAGCCAUUGCUGCGGGGGUGUUCUUCAUCAUUGGUGGUAUCCUGUGCCUGAUCCCCGUGUGUUGGUCUGCCAAUGCGGUCAUCAGGAACUUCUACAGCCCCAUUUUGAGCGACCCACAGAGGAGAGAGCUCGGAGCAUGUAUGUUCAUCGGUUGGGGAUCAGCAGGUCUCCUGUUAAUUGGAGGGGCACUUCUCUGUUGCCAGUGUCCACAGAAUAAGGAUAGCAGGUACUCUGUGAAAUAUUCUGCCCCACGCUCAACAGCAAGUGGAGGAGCCUAUGUUUAAAAUGACUGCAUGCUUCUCUUGCUCCAAGAAACUGGACUGAACUCAAGUAUUUUAUAGUCUCAACUUUAAUUUCAAGGUGUUUUUAACUGUUUUUAAUAAAUCAAACUUUUUAUAUGA